CCACAACCUCCUCCUCCUUACCUUGUGUGUAUCAUAUGAUUCCAAAAAUUCUCUAUAUCUCACUUCUGAAUAAAACCACCCCAACCAAAAAAAAAAGAAAGAAUAAAAAGAAGAAUACUAUAUAAUUACAUAUAUCUCUCCCUCUCUCUCUCAUUCUCUUAAAGUAUGUAUGUACUCUCACUAUUUUUAGACAAUAUAUAAACUUAAAUGCGAUCGCCCUUUUCUGGCUAGCAGCUGAUAUCAUGUUGAACCUCAUUAGUUUCCUCCGACGUCGACUCCGGAAAGACAGAAUAUCCGUCAACCACCACCGCUCUCGUGAUGGCUCCACCGUGGGUUCCCCUGAAAGCCGCCAUCAUCAUGUGUUUUCAUCCGCAGCCGCCAUCCACCCAAACCCGGAGAAAGCCAUCACAGUGGCCACCUUCAACGCUGCUAUGUUCUCCAUGGCUCCCGCCGUUCCCAACAACACGGGUUUGCUGCCACUCCGCUCCAAGUCAUCCGUUGACCGCCCCAAGAGCAUACUCAAGCCCAUGAGCCCCGCCUCCUCCCCUUCUCAUCAUGACUCCAGAAAACAACAACAACUGAGGUUUGCCAAAUCCAGGCUAAGGAGGGUCUCCAUAAAUCUCCCCGACAACGAGAUCAGCCGCCAGCUCAGCUUCCGGGAGGAUCCUCAGCACUCUCCCCUCAGGGCUGCUUCUCUCUCUUUCUCCGGAGAGAUCGGUCUCCGGAGCACCAGAACGGCUCUGGAAGUGCUGAGGGAGCUAGACGCAGACGUGCUGGCUCUGCAAGACGUCAAGGCCGACGAGGCUGACCAAAUGCGACCACUCUCGGAUCUCGCCGCCGCGCUGGGGAUGAAUUACGUCUUCGCCGAGAGCUGGGCGCCCGAGUACGGCAACGCCAUUCUCUCCAAGUGGCCCAUCAAAAACUCCAAUGUUCUGAGAAUCUUCGACGACACUGAUUUCAGGAACGUGUUGAAGGCGAGCAUAGUUGUUCCGGGGAGCGGGGAAGUGGAAUUUCACUGUACUCAUCUUGAUCACUUGGACGAGAAGUGGAGAAUGAAGCAAGUCGAUGCUAUUAUCCGAUCUACCAACGUACCUCACAUACUCGCUGGUGCUCUCAAUUCUCUCGACGAAUCCGAUUACUCCCCUGAGAGAUGGACCGACAUCGUCAAGUACUACGAAGAGAUGGGUAAGCCGAUACCAAAAGCGCAAGUGAUGAGAUUCUUAAAGAGCAAAGAAUACACUGACGCUAAGGACUUUGCUGGAGAAUGCGAAUCUGUGGUUGUGGUCGCCAAAGGCCAAAGUGUACAAGGGACAUGCAAGUACGGGACACGCGUUGACUACAUACUUGCUUCCUCGGACUCACCGUACCAGUUCGUGCCAGGGUCAUAUUCGGUGUUGUCUUCAAAAGGAACCUCGGACCAUCACAUAGUGAAAGUCGAUGUUGUCAAAGCUAGAUCGAUCAACGUCGACGAGCAACGACCGAUUAGACCCAAACAGCAGAGAGUUUCAACGACUAUGCAUUAUAAUAACUCGUCUCUAACAAAGGCCUCGUGGAGGACGCAUUACUAUAAGGCGUGAACAAUCUCUAGACCAUAUAUAUAUACUACAAAACGUUUACAUUACACGUACGUUUUUUUUUGGAAUGCUUAUUAACACAAUUUGAGAUCCGUGUAUCAUAGCUACGGAUGUCUCUGUGCUGGACCAUGAAGUCUGAUUUACUUUCGCCUAGCUAUUUUUUUUUUGUUUUUUUUACAUUCUUUUGGUCUGUUUUAAUGUUGGCUUGUUUAACCGAUACGUAUUAUUGUAUGCAUUGAGUGAAUAAAAACUCUUCCUUACUUUUA